GAUUGGCCAUUGGAUAUGUUCCGCUGUGCAGACCUGGCAACCCUGGCUAAGCUUCCCUUCUGCAUUUCCUAUCAUCACUGUUGGAUAGAUCACUUGAACUCUCGGAUCACCACGCAAAUAUACAACACCAGGUGGAUUACUUUAAACAUCUCAGGGGUCUUACAGAGGAGGGAAGGUGCGCUCAGGAUGGUCACCAUUCCGGAGUACUACGAAGGAAAACAUGUUCUCAUCACAGGGGCCACAGGAUUCAUGGGGAAGGUCCUUCUGGAGAAGCUGCUGCGCUCCUGUCCCGGCGUCAGAGCUGCCUAUGUGCUCGUGCGACCCAAGGCGGGACAGGCUCCUGACGCCCGUGUCGCUGACAUGAUAAACUGCAGGCUUUUCGACAAGCUGCGAGAGGAACAGCCAAACUUUGCGGAGAAGAUCGUGGCAGUGAACAGCGACCUGACACAGCCGGACCUGGACCUGAGCAAAGAGGACCAGGAGACCCUCACAAGCUGCAUUAACAUCGUGUUUCACUGCGCUGCCACCAUCCGCUUCAAUGAGCCUCUGAAAGAUGCCAUGCAGUUGAAUGUGCUGGCCACACAGAAGAUGGUGAGCCUGGCUCACAGAAUUAAGCAUUUGGAGGUUUUUCUUCACGUGUCCACAGCCUACGCCAACUGCGACAGGGAGCUUAUCGAAGAGGUGGUCUAUCCACCACCUGUCGAUUACAGAAAGCUCAUAGACACGCUCGAGUGGAUGGAUGACAAACUUGUCUCUUUAAUGACACCAAAGCUGUUGGGCGAGCGGCCCAACACAUACACAUACACAAAAGCUCUGGCCGAACACCUUGUCCAGCAGGAGUGUGGAAACCUCAACGUUGCCAUCGUAAGGCCUUCUAUAGUAGGAGCCAGCUGGAAAGAACCCUUCCCAGGUUGGAUUGAUAAUUUCAACGGGCCCAGUGGAAUAUUCAUAGCUGCAGGGAAAGGCAUUCUACGAACAAUGAGGGCUUCGAAUAAUGCCGUCGCUGACCUCGUGCCAGUGGAUGUAGUCAUCAACACCACUUUGGCGGCUGCGUGGUAUUCAGGAUCCCAGAAGCAUUCCAGGCCGAGAAGCAUGUUGGUGUACAACUGCACAACGGGCGGGAUCAAUCCUUUCCACUGGGGUGAAGUCGAGUACCAUGUUAUAUCUACUUUCAAGAGGAACCCCCUUGAGCAGGCCUUCAGGCGGCCCAAUGUAAAUCUCACAACCAAUCACCUUAUCAAUCAGUACUGGAUUGCUGUGAGCCACAAGGCACCAGCUUUCCUAUAUGAUCUCUUCCUCAGGAUGUCAGGAAGAGAACCCAGGAUGAUGAAGACAAUCACCCGGUUGCACAAGGCCAUGAUGGUGCUGGAGUACUUCACCAGCCACUCGUGGGUGUGGAACACUGACAAUGUCACCAUGCUCAUGAACCAGAUGGGCGCAGAGGACAAGAAGGUGUUUAACUUUGACAUAAGGCAGUUGCACUGGGCAGAAUACAUGGAGAAUUACUGCAUGGGCACUAAAAAGUAUGUUCUCAACGAAGAACUGUCUGGACUUCCGGCGGCACGCAAACACUUGAACAAGUUGAGAAACAUACGCUACACAUUCAACACCGUCUUGGUAGUUUUGAUCUGGCGCAUCUUCAUCGCCCGCUCGCAGAUGGCCCGAAACAUCUGGUACUUUGUCGUCAGCUUGUGCUUCAAGUUUCUCUCUUAUUUCAGAGCCUCCAGCACUAUGAGAUACUGAUCCCCGAGCUCCCCAACCCUUCCCCAGACGGCUAUGCAUACACUUCUGCUUCGCGACACUCCGAGGUGCCUGCAGGUCCGAACAUACAAGCGUAGUAUCUGCUUUCUCACCCUCCCAUGCAAGCGCACCCUUGACAUAAGAGUGCGAGUGCACCCGACUGCAUGAAUUUUCAGAGCUCGAGGUCUAAGAAUAGCAAUAGCAAACUCUUGCUGAGCUUGUUCGAGCACUAUCGUACCUGUUCCACCUUCGAGCACAACCGGGUUGGGGGUGACCGUUGGUUAUGGUUUGCACACAGCAAGGAGGUAAUGAGCUCAGCUUUGUGCCUACAAUCCAGAAAUGACCCAUCAUGUGCCCAGUGUCUGUGUUAGAUCAUUCCUUGUCUUUAGGGGCUUGUUUUGCUUCACUUCAUUCUGAUAUCUCUCACUCUCUUUGAGAUGAAAGCAAUGAUUUACGUUUCACCUGAUAAGCGUCUCAAGCCACUGGCUCAAAGCCUACACACUUAGUUUCACUCGAGUUGUUGUAAUGUAAUCUUUGUUCUUUUGUCCUCUAUAUAUUCAUUUAUUUGUACUACUAGACCUCUGGUUUGGGGUCAUCUCGAUUUAUUAAUCAAUUCCUUUUUAUAGUGAAUCAUAUUCCUUUGACCUUUGUGUUUUUUUAGAAAUGUGGAAAACGCAACAUUUAACACCUCAGUUUGUCCACUUGCUUAACAGGUUGCCGUUUACAAAUAUUGGACAUUAUUCACAAAACAUGAGCAAAACGAAUUUGUGAAACUAUUCCAAAUGCAUGACUUGUUUCGGAACUUGUGUUGCUAUGAAUUUGCAUAAGAAUGGUUUACGAAUGAUUGUCAAGAAAGUUUGUUCUGCUCAUGUUCCAUCAAUGAUUGUCUCUUUCCACAACGCGUAAUGUUCAGGUAAUGGCUUUUGUAUAUACAUUUUCUCCAAAUUACUGAAACUGCCGGCUUUCAAAAUUCACAGCUGUGCAUUGACUUUAUUUUUAUUUUAUUUUUUUGUUCUUCAGCGGACUCUUGAGGAGGGUUACAUUUACAAUAAUUCUGUGUUUCGUUUCAAAUCAAUUUGUUCUUAUGUGUUCUGUGAAUUGUGCCUGAGUGUUGAUGCAAUGUGAGAGUUUUCUAAAUGUUACUGUAGAUCUAUUUAGAUAGCACUGUAAUUUAAUAUUGUACAUUAACAAGUAUUUUCCAUGAUUGAAAUAAUAGGUUGUUUAUUGUGCAGAAUGACAGAGGUGUGCUACUAAUCACAAUACAAGUUAUUUUUACAGAUUACUCUGAAUUUAUGGUUGUCACACCAGUUUAACUCUUUGCGCAGCUUAAUGGUCAUAUUUGCAAAUGCUAGUUGAUGGAUGUUGUUACUAACUGUGGAUUAUAGAUUAAGCACUUGUCUUUUCUAAUUUACGGAAAGGGAUCCUUGCCUUCAUGUUACCGCCUGUAUCGGGAUCCAUAUUUUUAUGUGGGGAUUUGACUGGAAAAGUCAUUUUGAAACAGUUUAACUGUAUGUAUUCAGGUUCUUGUGAAAAUGAGUUUCACCCAGAAAACAGGGUCAAAUGAAAAGCACACAGUGAAACCAUUUUUGAAAUGGUCAGAUCUGAGUUGGGUAACAAAAAACAAGUCACUUCAUAACAGGUCUCAACACCCCGGGUAUUUUCUUUUCUGAUCACUAUAAAUGUAAGAUUGAUUAUAACAGUAUUUGAUGUUACAAGUGGGGUUGUUCCCUGUUCGUCUGCCUUACACGUUUUUGUAGGGUCUAAUAUACCGUAAUAUUCAAGAAAACUUACUCCUAUAUUACAAGAAAACAAUGUCAUGCUGUCUAUGGUUUCUGAUUGAAUCGUAAUUGCCACAUUAAAAUGUCAGAGGGGGUUAAAAAUCAA